AUGGGUGAUGAAAAGCAAUCCAGAGCCGGGGGUCCAGUGACCUAUGUCGUCGAGCACCUUGAUACGGAACUCGGCCCAUGGUCCGCCCUCGAGUAUGGCUGCAUUGCUAGAGAAUCACGGGCUGCGGGUGCCAGGUUCCUUCUCUCCUCAGUGCCAGCUGAACUGCAGCUGCCUGAAGAUCUGGCCAAGAUGGAGGAGCUGGAGGUUGAGCAGCGCAGUGUAGAGGAAAUCUUCGCCGAUCGGAAGUCGAGGGUCUGUCUUCUGGACCCUGCCGCAAAGGUCGAACUAUCACCGGCCGACGGAGAUCAGUUUGAUGUGUUUUUGUUUGGUGGCAUCCUGGGUGACGACCCUCCACGAGACCGCACUUCUGAAUUGCGAAAGAAAGGCUACACGGGGCGACGCCUCGGGCCCAAACAGAUGACAACAGACACCGCGGUAAGAGUGACACGCAUGAUCGCACAGGGAAAAGUCCCCUUGGAGGAGAUUCCUUAUAUCGAUAAUCCGGAAUUGCGCGUCAACAAGAACGAAAGCACUGAAAUGCCCUUCCGGUACGUGAAGGGCAGUGAUGGUCAACCAAUCAUGCCAGAGGGAAUGGUCGACUUGAUCAAAAAGGACGCUGAUAAGGGUGUUGAUGAUCUCUUUUGA